UUCGUACUGGACAUGAAACUAGUGACUAACAACUAACAAGACUAUUGAGUGUGUUCAAAGUGCGUUGUUCUUGACUUGUGUGGUUUUAUUGACGUGUUAAUAUGUUGCUUGGUGCUAUGCCAGAAGACAGUGCUCCCGCUGGCCUGCUAGUGCCCACCGUGAAGGCCACUAGAGCCACUGACUUUUCUAUCGCCGCGAUUAUGGCCAGAGGUGCAUCACCGCCGGCAAGUGAUGUCAUGGUUUCACCAAGAAAUCACAGCAGAGACGGUUCUUUGUCGCGGCUAAGCUCCCCAGAAAUCGAAGACGUACCCCUUCUGGAAGACGAUGACGUCGAAGUCGACGUCGAAGAAUGUUCGGACAGCGAAUCGGCCCGACCGAAAGUACCGAAGGUGAGCCGAUCGCCGCCGAUGUCCGAGUGCGGCUCGGAAACUCCCGAUAUCGAUCGCGAAUCGCCCGACAUUAUCGCGGAAAAAGCGAGCAAAACGAAGAUACUCUGCAACUGCGAUGAAUUGCUGAACGUGGAGUGCCAUCUGGAGACCAAAGAUUUGUGGGACAAGUUUCACGAUUUGGGCACGGAGAUGAUCAUCACCAAGACUGGAAGACGGAUGUUUCCCACCCUUAGAGUGUCUUUCACAGGCAUCAGGGCUGACCAAAGAUACGCAGUCCUCCUGGACAUCGUACCGGUGGACAACAAGAGAUAUCGCUAUGCCUACCACCGGUCCUCGUGGCUGGUGGCAGGAAAGGCCGAUCCUCCUGCACCUUGCAGGAUCUACGCGCACCCCGACUCGCCUUACUCCGGCGAACAACUCAGAAAACAAGUCGUCAGCUUCGAGAAGGUCAAGUUGACCAACAACGAAAUGGAUAAAAAUGGACAGAUUGUUUUGAACUCGAUGCACCGGUAUCAGCCCAGGAUACACAUCGUCAAAUGGAGGGAACAUUCAGGACCCAUCACGGAUUUGGAACAAGAACAAUACAAAACUUUCAUCUUCCCCGAAACGGUUUUUACUGCAGUGACUGCUUACCAAAAUCAACUCAUCACCAAACUGAAGAUCGAUUCGAAUCCCUUUGCAAAAGGAUUUAGAGAUUCAUCUAGGCUUACUGACUUUGACAGAGAACCAAUGGACAGUAUCUUUAUGGACCAGCACUUUCUGCGUUCCUCUUUAAGAUUGUACUCGGGCGAUACCGUAGACUUAGAAAACAACAACGCAAGCUCUUUCUUCUCUGCCGCGAUGGUGGAAAAAGCCCGCGCUCAGCUUCAAAUGUGGGGCAGAGCCGGUGCGGGCGCGUACCAUCCAAGCGAGCUUCACGCUUUCUUGAUGAACAGCUCGCCGAAUCAACAAGUCUACCUCGGUCAAAGACCACAAGUACCUCUAGGUUUGUGGUCGCAAGGGGGUGCGUCGUGGCAAUCCCCAAUGCACGGAGGGUUACCUCCCGGUCUACUAGGGCCCCCUUCGUCGCAUAGACCUCAGAUGACACCACCUCCAUCUUCAACGCCUAGCUCUUCAGGCUCACCAAGCCCUACAUCCGUUAAUACGUCGUCGGAUUUAAGGUUGCCCAAAGCAAUGUUCCCAUCUGCGAUGCAUAGGUUUAGCCCCUAUGCCAACCCCAUGCAAAGACAAGGGUCGUCCUCUGUUAGCCCCACGUCGAGGCCAAGUCACUGAUAGCGUUAAGUUGGCUGCAAGCCAAAAAUCCUUACCAAAGAGUCUUCAUGACGUUAAUAACAUGGUAUAUCCAGUGUAUAUAGUUUAGAGAGUAACUUAUUGUAUUAAAUGGGUAGUGACUAGGAAGUGUACGAUACUUACAUUUUUUACAGAAAAAAUAGCAGUAUUAUUUAUUGUAUAUAUUCCAAUUCGGUGUACUUAAGUUCUCCCCGGUUAGAGAGCAAAUCAUGUUCCUUUAUAUUUUGAUUCUAUCAUCCUUUGCCCUUAUUGUCAUUCCUUUUAUACAACAACGGGCAAAUGAUAUAGAAUCAAAACUUUAUUUAAUAAAAAAAUAGUUGUAUAUUUUCUAAUAUAUCCCCACUGUCAAUUAUUUAAUUAGUUUCUUUAUUAUUCACUAUGUUAAAAGGAAUUGUUGUUGUGUAAAUAAAAGUGGACUUGUAAAUUAA